AACGAGGCCAAUCGAACGCAAGGGAAAAAGUUCCACGAUUAUUUGGAAAUGUCUGAACCGAAGCAACUCCAGCUUCAAGUCGAAGGGCUCAGUAAUUUGAUGCAGACUCUGGAAGAGCAUAAGGGGAAGAGGAGAACGGUGAUGUUUAUCGGUGCUAUGAAUGAGAAUGGCGAGAGCUGGUGCCCUGAUUGUCGAGACGCUGAGCCAAUUGUAGAGGCUGCUUUGAAAAAGGCCCCAUCUGAUAUGGUGUUCAUCUUGGUUAUUGUUGGUGAUAAGCCUGAGUGGAAAUCACCUGAUAAUGAAUUUAGAACAAAUCCUGCUUUCAAACUGAAAGAAAUUCCAACAAUCGUGGAUUAUGGCACUGACAAAAGACUUGGUUGUGAAGAUUGCAAAAAUUCAGAGAUAGUGGACAAAUUCUUUACAGAAUGACAAGAUAAAUCAUUGUCUUUGUCCUUCACCCUAAGCUGUCACAGCAUAAGUUACUUUAGGCAGUGUACCCUUUCACUCUGUUUCUGUCCAGUAAUUAGUUGUGAAAUGUGCCAUGCCUGUAGAACAAGUUAUACUGAUUUCUUCAACUGUAAUUUUGCCCAACUUUACUUUAUUUUCAAAAUUCUAAUUUAAAUAAUUUAUAAAAAUUAAUAUAAACUGUAUGGGUCUUGCAAGUUUAAAAGAAAUGAACAAUAGAAGUGUGACUUAUUCUUCAGUAAGAGAAUAAAGGUUUCAUCCGUUAAAUAUUUUUUUAUCAAUUUUAAACAUUAUUCAAAGAUAGGAAAAUUUUGCUUUUAAUUUACUGUGAACAUCAACCCUUUCUCUCCCAGCAGUGAUCAAGAUUUAAUUUCUUCUAACACUACCAUUACAUUAUAAAGCAGACAAGUGAUUAGGAUAAACAAAAGUAUCAACAAAAAAAUACAAUUUGAAUUAAAUCCAAACUCCCACAACCAACAUUAUGAGAAAUGUAGGGCAGACAGUAAGGAGAAUUACUAUGUUGGGAGGUAAAGGUGUUAAACAGUUAGUUGAUUCCCUGAUAAAAAGUAGAAUAUAUUUUAAAUUGACUGCCUGUCACAUUUUGCAGCUAAUGAUACAAAUAGAUUAUCUUAAAUAUGGUGAAAUUAAAUAUUUGAAUUAAGCUUAACUUCCUAUUUUUUCUGAUGUUGUGAACCGAGAAGAGUUAGAAAUAUUUACCAGUAUUAGAGUUAUUUUUCUGGUUUUGUGUAUGUAGUUGUAGUGACUGAUUCGUUUUCAACUACUUCUGUCGUAAAUACUUUGCCUUAAAGCAAUUGACAACAGUCAAUAAAGCUUUGAUGAGAUGAAA